GCAACCCUGGCACCAGGAUGCGAGAUGAAAACAGGUGAAUGCAGUGAGAAGCGGGUACUCUGAGUGAGUGAGUGAGUGAGUGAGUGAGUGAGUGAGUGAGUGAGUGAGUGAGUGAGUGAGUGAGUGAGUGAGUGAGUGAGUGAGUGAGUGAGUGAGUGAGUGAGUGAGUGAGUGAGUGAGUGAGUGAGUGAGUGAGUGAGUGAGUGAGUGAGUGAGUGAGUGAGUGAGUUGUCUGAAGUUUGUAGAAACUUUAAGUUAGUUUGGGUAAACGAACAACAGCUCCUACCCAUCCGUAUCCAUACCCCGGCUCACCUGAAAGUUCAGCAGGUGACGUGGUCAGACAGGUGUCGUGUUUGUAGCCAGUUUAUUCAGGAGUGAGAGAGAAAAAGGACACAGAGAGAGAAAGAGAGAGUGGAGAAGGCCAGAGAGAGGGGGAUGGGCAGAGAGAGGGAGAGAGUGAGACAAAGAGAGACAGAGACAGGACAGCAGGUGUGAAGUUGGCGAUGUCCCACGUUGAAGCCCGAGUGCAGCAGUCGCCGCACACCACCACGACCACCGCCAGCAAAACAAAAGCCAGGCGUAGGAGGACAUCGGUGAUAAACACACUGCAUUGUCAACAUACUUUGUCACACAGGCUGCCAGCCACGUGAUAUGCUUUCAAUCUUCCCUUUAUGUUUGCUACGACAUUACCACUGUGCAGUCUAGGUCCACCUCAGCUGGUUUAAUUCAUGUGUCUGUCCCAUCGCAUUUUGUUUCCUUCCUUCCAUACUCUUGCUGGUCGGAGGGCUUCGGUUUCCCCACUGAACGCCAUGUCACCCACCGCGGCAGUCUCGCUGCUAAUGACGUCAUGGCUCGCGCUUGGGGUCAGGGAGGUCACCGCACAGAUCCACGACUGCCCGCUGGGCUGGGUGACAUUCAACGACCACUGCUACCAUUUUGUCUUCUACCCGACACAGACACUGGAGGCUGCUGUGGCCGUCUGUGAGCAAGAUGCCGGGUACCUGCUGAGCAUCAACACUGAAGCCGAGCACCUGUUCAUUUCUGAAUGGCUGACUAAACAGGAGCUGGACAGAUCACGUCGGUGGUGGACAUCCGGGAUUGGAGCAGGAACGACUUUGCGGUGGGAGGGAGAUGGAACAGCCCUAACCUUUGACACAUCCAGCAAAUGGGGCGAGGCAGAUGCCGACAAGAAAGCAAACCUUCACAUUGUCUAUACUUUCACUAUUGCGACCAACACGUUCCUAUGGAAUCGACAACCUGACAGUGAAAAGUCCCCCUUCAUCUGUGAGGUCAACAGACAGGAGUCCUUCCGAGUGACCCAGGCUCAGAGAGAUUUCACUUACGGCACGCUCUACUCUGACGUCGCCUUGGCACCAAGAGGACCUCGCUUCACCAUCCUACCCGAGUCGGUCGUGGUGGCGGACCGGGUGGACUCCACCUACCUGGAAUGUGAGGCCGACAGCCUCCCACCUCCAUCCUACACCUGGUACAAGCGAACAUCUACCUCCAUCAUCAGGAUCAGUUCGGAUGUGGACCCGCGCUACACUCUCACCAACGGUCGACUGUCCCUUCAGGACCCGCAGACUCCGGCCGACGCGGGCUUGUAUUACUGCGCGGCGGAAAAUGAGUUCGGCUCCAUCAACACCCCCGCCGUCAGAGUCUCGUUUGGAUAUAUUGGCGACUUUUCAAACGAUCCUCCAGGUUCUGUGAGGGCGAAACGCUACCAGGGGACCGUUAUCAACUGCAAUCCUCCACGAUACAAUCCAGAUGCAAGCUUCCAGUGGUUCAAAGGCCCUGGAGCCAACUUCCUGAGGACCGACCUCAACAAAUACCUGUUCAUGUCCUUCAAUGGCAAGCUGUAUUUCUCAGAGACAAGCUUGGCUGAUGCAGGCAUGUACCACUGUGUGGUCACCCUCACUGUACCCCCGGGGCAGCGCUUUGCCACAGUGCAGCCACCAAGUAAAACCAGUCUUGGCAUUGAGCUCAUCGUGGAGGGCGACGUGGCCACGGACUUUGGUCCCGAGAUCCACAACGACUUCCCCGCCGUCUUCCCCACCGUUCCUCUGAGAGGACAACAGCUGCGAGUGGAGUGUCUGGCGUAUGGCAGCCUGCCGCUGUACUACACGUGGAGCAGAGACAACGGACCUGUACCCGACAAAGCCUGGUACCUGGAAGAUAACCGGGUGCUCAUCCUUCCCGACGUGCAGCUCGAAGAUGCGGGUAACUACACGUGUAACGUGCAACGGAAAUCCAGCACAUCUCAUGCCAAGAGCAUCAGCCUCGUCAUAGAAGCGGCGCCGUUCUUCAUGUUCCCACUACGUGAUCAGCACGUAGACAUCGACAGCCAGGUGUCGAUCCGUUGUCACGCCGGAGGAGUGCCCGCCCCAACGUACGCAUGGCAAAAGAACGGCCAACCUUUGACCUCGACGCCUGGCGACGUGGAGGUCAGCGGCAACGUGGUGGUCAUCAAGCGGGUGGACCCAGCCCGCCACAGCGGCAUGUACGAGUGCUCGGCCACCAACCUGCAUGGCACCAGCGUGUCGUCUGCUCAGCUCCGAGUCUUGUCGUUUGCUCCCACCUUCAGCAAGAGACCGCUCGCCGACACCAUGACAGCGACGAUUGGCGGAAACGCGACGAUCAUCUGCCAACCGGAUGCGUCUCCAUCACCGGAAAUGACGUGGUCACUGAACGACGCACCGUUGAAUCUCGUCAAGGGAGCUGAGGGACGAGUCGUGCUGCUGGACAACGGCAAUUUGUUCAUCACUCAAGUACAAAUGUCCGAUCAGGGUCGGUACACCUGCACUGCAGAAAACCUCAACGGCAGGGCAUCGAGUACCGGGCUGCUGAGUGUAGUGUCUCGCACAACCAUCACGGUGCCCCCGCGUGACACCCACGUGGACGUCAACGGCUCCGCCUUCCUGCAGUGUCAAGCGUCCUUUGACCGGAAGCAGCGUGACCUCGUGUACGUCUGGAGCUUCAAUGACGUCACCAUCGAUGCCGACAAAGACCCUACCUUCAAGCAGUCCACAAGCGAUGACCAGCUGGGGCUCUACAUCAUCAACACCCAGUUUGAGCAUGCCGGGGAGUACAGGUGUACGGCGCUUACGGUGGAUGAUAGCGUCACAGCCUCCGCCUACCUCACAGUCCAGGGUCCCCCGAGCGAGCCAGCAGGUGUCCUUGGACAAGUGGUCAAUGGGAUGUCCGUCGUCCUCAUCUGGUCUGUAGGUGACAGCCAUGGGGCGGAUAUUCUUUUCUUUAACAUCGAGUACAAGAGCAACUUCAACCCAGUCUGGCGCUACAAGUACACACAACUACGCACUGCUGACACACUGAGCGCCGAGCAUCCUGAUAAACACACCUACGUCGUCACUGACCUCUCGCCGGGGUCGUCUUACUCCUUCCGGGUCUCCGCCAUCAAUCGCUAUGGAGUGGGUCCGCCCAGCCAGCCGUCUGCUUACUUGAAAAUUCCCGAUGCUGCACCUACGAAAGCCCCUGAAGAAAUCUCCAUAAUGUACAGCACGGUGGGCACGCUCGCCUUCACCUGGCAGGAACUCAGUGAAGAAGACUUGACUGGUGACGGUGUCGGCUACAAGGUGUUCUGGCGGAAGAAAACGAACAACGACAAUGGAGGCCUGUGGCAGAGGGAAGUACUUUAUGGACGAACUGACAGGCAUGUGGCGCUUGUCGGCCAGGACAACUUCUACUUGGAAUACGAGGUGAAAGUCGGAGCUUUCAACAGUCUGGGCGAUGGUCCCAACUCUACAAUCUUCAUCAUCAUGUCGGCGGAAGACUUGCCUAUUGAGACACCUCGCAAUGUCCGUACAGGGGAAUACAAUGCCACGGCCUUCCAGGUGUUCUGGAACAAGGUGGACACCAGUCGACAGGCGAUGAGGGGCAAACUCGUCGGCUUCCAGGUUAACUACUGGUGGGAGCCUGAGCCUGGUACCCUGUACUCCAGCAAUGUUUGGUGCGACGACUGUGAAGAAACCAUGGUGAUCGGCGUUAUUCCUAACGAGAACUACUGGAUAAACGUGCAAGUCUUCAACACUGUAGGACUGGGGCCCAAGGGAGAGGACACAUUCAUCUCCCUGCUGCUGAAUCCUCCCUUGUUGUACCCGGAGUACGUGAUGGUGUCAUCCCACGGUCCUGACAGCGUCUUCGUGCAGUGGAGAGGAGUGAGCAUCGGGCUGCUGGAGGAACCGCUGAUUGGAUAUAAAAUGCGGUGGUGGCCAGCUACUGAGAACAUUCUAACUGCCAAUGACACUGUGGUCUACAAACGCCAGACCUCGGGGGUCAUCGUCGGCAUCAAAGAGAAUACUGUCUAUGCUCUUCGUGUUCUCGGUUUUAAUCGGGGUGGAGACGGGAAAAAAUCGCCAACAGUAUAUUUUACACGAGAGGGGAUGGUUGUGUACAAUCCACAAACGACAGACAUCAUGGCAGGAGCCAGUCACACUACUGUUUCAACAUGGACGAUUGCACUCACGUGUCUUACCACCUGGCUAGUCUUACAGUCAGAGAGCUUGUGACAGAGGAUUGUAUCAGCGAAUGGACCAAGAAAUAUUGUUGUUAAUAUUGUUCAUUCAUGUUGAAUGGAGGUGCGUGAUACUCCAUUGCAUGGCAGGACAGCUCGGGUGAACUUUCCUCCCUUCUGUGUUCCAGUCACAGAGCAGUUAAUUCCAUUCCCUCUCCCCUCGCUGUUGUGUGAUGUAUAUGUGGUAUUUUAGUCUUUUAUUGUUAUACAUGGUCCGAGACUGUUGUGUGAUCUAUGCAUAUACGCCGUAUUUACGCCCGGGGGGAAGUGAAUAGCCGAGUGGUUAGAGCGCUUGGGUCCGAACUGAAAGUGCUGGUUCGAGACCCGAUUAGCGCAGCAAACUUUCCUCAGUCAACCCACUUGGCGGGGUCUCUGUGAUUUCACUCUGAGCUGGACGGGAUGUUAAAGCUUGAGGGGAUGAUUAUAUUCUUCAGAUGGAGAAUGUGAAAACAAGACACUAUAGUAUGAAAUGCUCUCAUGUCAGCAUGCCCCUCGGUGAUGAGCUCCUCCGAAUGAGUGCCCCGUGGUCGGUGUGCCCUUUGGCGAGUCGGGGCACUGGACUCAACGACAAACAAUUUACGAUGUGUUUGGUGGAAUGACACAUUCAUCUGUUUCUCUUCACCUGCCUAGGGGAAAAGACUGGCAGCGGAGGAGUAACUGCUACAGUCGAUCACGUGAUGACCUUAACAUGUCUACAGAAUCUUCAUUCUUUGAAUGUCUGUCGCUAAUUUCACUGUGGCAUGCUGGUCAUGUUUAUGGAGCUUACACUGUGUUUUAUUUUUGUACGUUCUGCAACUGUCUCACAUUGAGAUUUACUCGGUGCGAUGAAUUUUAAAAUAUGGAGACUGUGAUUAUUUAUAAAAUUGAGACAUUGUUUCCACUGAGAGGCUCAGUCAAAGCUGUCUUAGUGCUCGUUGAUGAGGCUGGGAAUAAAAUGAGGCCACGUCA